AUGGGAAGCAACACGCACACUCAUCACUCGUCCCAGGGGCGCACCAAGGAUAAAGCCACAAAGAACAACACCAAGAAGAACAGAAGAUCCGGAGCGUCCUCUGCUACAGCUUCAGUGAAGACGACGGCCGCUACGCGUGGCGAUGGAAGUACAAUUGAAGCUUCCUUUUGCCAGUCCACUACCGCAUCAUUUCAACUGAACAACGACCCAUCCGAUCAUACCACUGGCUGCUUGCCUCAAUGUGAUCACUCCUCCUGUCCAAACAACUUUGAUGGAUAUGUUAUGAAUCCUCAGGGCAUCGAUUUCUCGGGCAUCGGAAGUCAAUUCGACGGCAUCAAUACCGACCCCGCCGUGUUUGAUUGGAGUCAAGAGGUCAGAGAUGGCUUAUAA